CACCAGAAGAGCCAAGACGCGCACGAGAAGCAGUGUGAACUGGCCCAACACUGCAAACAGCUACUGGACACCAGUCAGCAUUGAAAGGCAGAAGUAGUAGAACUGGAUCAUCACACUGCUAUGACCAAUCCUAGAUGAUACUGAGCCUCACGUUCAUCUAACUGACAAACUCCAGGAAACAUCAUGACCACCGCUGACAAGCUGCUGGAGCAGAUGUUCUCCUGGAUCGACCAGAGGAGUCGCUGUGCAGACCAACUGGUCAAAGUGGCCGAGAAGCUUGAGUCCCUCAGGCAGAAUUGCAAUGGCGCUGAAUGUGUGGGUAGCUCGGUGGCUGUGGGGGGUGCUGCAUUGGCGAUCAGCGCCGGCGUCACCAUCCUCACCGGCGGAGCAGCUGCUCCAAUUUUAGGUUUGUUGGGAUCAAUAUUUUUAGGAGCAGGCACCGUCAUCUCUGUGGGCACUAAACUCGUCGAGCACUUCCUGUCCGGCAGCACCAUGAAAGACGCAAAGGAAAUCGAAAAGACAAGCGACGAAUUAGCAAAUAACAUUCAGCAACUGUUCGAGAAACUAAAGUCGGAGAAGAAGGAGGCGAACAGAGUCGCCGACCUGGACGAUUUGGACAGACACAUCCUGACGGACAUCCUGAGAGCUUUGGCAAGACGAAGUGGAGUGAACAUGAAGAUCAACUUCAGAAUGAUCGGUGACAAGCCGAAUUUGUCUUUUGUUGGAGGACAACAUUACACAAACCUCAACUUUCCUAUUAUGGAUUCAGUCACUGGAGUUUUAGCGUUUUUCACGCUCAGCGCAAGUGGGAAGAAAUGUAACCUUCUAUUUGCUAAAGGAGCUCAGCAGCUGAUCAAGGAAAUACCUGUGACUGGAUUGAAAACAGUGCUCAAAGGAGGCGGCAUGCUUGUGGGAGGAGUUAUUGGAAUGGCGUUUGCGCUUAAUGACGCGAUCGACAACUGGACAGAUCUGAUCAAGACCAACAACGUGACUGAAGCUAGCCAAUCCCUGCGCGACACAGCCAAAGCGAUCCAAAAUAUCUUGCAGGCCCUGAGGGAUCGGUUUGAAGAUAUGAAGCAGAUGCUCAAGAAGAUGAAAAAAGAACAGCAGGAGCAGGCGAAAGCUAAGCGCAGCAUUGAAAACCCAGAGAGAACCUCUGAAGAAGAGAGAGAAUUAAUAAGGUAUGCCAUUAAAACAUGCCAGAUUGAAGAGGUGCGACAAUGGCUGGAAAAGGAUUCAGAGUCAGAGACUUUCAGCAAACUUGUGAAUUUGUUUCGAUUAAUGAGAAAUAAAAUCAUCAAGAAGACAAACGAGGACGAGUCUGAUGACGAAGACGAAGUCGAAGUUGAAGAGAGGGAAGUUGACAUCAUCUUUGUGGCUCAUGGAUCGAUCAGCCACCCCAAGAUUAAAGCUUCCUGCCUGCUACCUCUGUCCAACAUCAAAGACGUGCUCCUGUAUUCCCCCUGGAACUGUCUCCUCACUGCUGCUGCAGCGUACGGCAUCACUACAGGACUCAUACAACCUCAGGACAGAAAGUUUUACUGUGUUACAGGAAGGGGCUGUGAAACUCCUGAUGAAGGACACCGGCCCAGGAAAUUGCCACCUGGCUGGAACUCAAUGAAGAAAGCAAUCAAUAAAUUAAUUCCCAACAUCAUGGUCAGUACUCUCGAGGAUCCAAAGGAUCGUGCAUGGACGGCUAUUAUUAAUCUCACAAAGGAAUUUGGUGGACCAGGGAGAGGCCGCAUCGUCAUCCCGUUCAACCUUGGUGGUCUGAAAGAAAGAAUCCCGUUCUACAUUGUCACCUGGGUCAUGUCUCUGGUGCUGUCGUUCGUCCGGAUCAAAGCCACUGUCCAUCUCGCUGCCUGUCUGGGUGAUGGAUUUAGAAAGCAGAAGUUUCCCAGGACGUUCCUGGAGGAUCAGUACUCCUACACUAUAGACGACACCGGGAUGACAUCUCAGUCCAUGUUGAACAUCACCCACCCCGAACUGUACAGGAACCUACAGGCCAUAUUUGAUAGGGUUAGGGUUCUGUUCCAGCGAAGGUUUGUCUGAAGCUGAACUGAUUUCCAAGUUCAAUGAAUCUCUGAGUUUUUUAACACGUUGGUAUCAACAAACAAUCCCAUUUUAAUCUGAAAGAUGAUUUCCAGUGUCGGAAUCGUGUUCAAGAUCUACGAUCAAUUUGAGUACUUGUAAAAAAAAAAAAGGUUUGCAGCUGGAGUCACUGAGCCGCCAGAAAACCACGACCUCCGUUUUCUCCACUGAUCAGAUUCACACGUUAAAAAUCCUAUUUUCUGUGAUCUAACCCUAAUGUAGGGCGGCUGUGGCUGACGGGGUCCAGUGGUCGUCCUCCAACCAGAUGGUCGACUGAUUGGAUCAAAUGUAAUAUAAUGAUGUGAAGGAGUCGGAACGUGUCCGACAUGGUCGCACCUGUAAUGAUACUCUGUAUUAUACAUGCUUAUGUAACCACACUAGUAUCUGUGUUUAUGCAUAUCACAUGUGACAAGAUGUCUGUUGGUGACUCACUAGGUGCCGCUCUCACCUCUUUUUGUAUGAAAGAGAACAACCAACAAUGUUUCUUGGUCUUACCCAUCUUCACGUCUGCAUGCUGUUAGAUCGGUUUGAUUGUCUUUGCCAAAGAAUACGUGCACUUAAAAGACAAUUAGGGUAUUUUUUUCAGAAAAUGAUUUCCUCCACACACCUGAGCAGCAGGUCCCUGGUUCAAUUCCCGACUGGAUGGACCAGCGUUUAAUUUCUCUGACCUCAGUCAAAAAGAACAACAGUCAAUGCUAGGAUCACCUCCACCAACCAAUUCUAUGUCCCUGUGACCUUUGACCACUGAGACUCAUCAGUUCAUCUGAGUCUAAAUGUACAUUUGUACCAAAUUUGAAAGGAUUUUCUGAUCUCCUGCCUGUGCAACAUCAGGAGAAUACGCCCCCUUCUCACUCAGAAGGCGGUGCAGGUUCUGGUCCAGGCUCUGGUCAUCUCACGUCUAGACUACUGUAACUCCCUCCUGGCAGGUCUACCUGCUACUGACAUCCGACCUUUGCAGCUCAUCCAGAAUGCAGCAGCACGACUGUUUGCCGUCCUGGCUCCUAGAUGGUGGAAUGAGCUCCCCAUCGACAUCCGGACAUCAGAAAGUCUACACAUCUUCCGCCGAAAACUAAAAACACACCUCUUCCAACUAUACCUUGAGAAAAAAAAAAUAGUGACAACUUUUUGAAACUAACACUUUAGUAGCACUUAAAUCGCACUUACUUAUAGCACUUUGUAGUUUUGCUUUAUUUUGAAGAAAUUGUACUUUCUUGAUUCUUGUUGUCCUGGGUUUGUACCCUCGGGGUUGAAUGCACUUAUUGUAAGUCGCUUUGGAUAAAAGCGUCAGCUAAAUAAAAUGUAAUGUAAAAAAUAAAUAAUCGGAAAAAAAAGGAAAAAAUACUUGUACAAGUACAAUGUAAUCUGAUUACUUUCUGGCAUGCAGACCCUGAUGUAUUUGUUUCCAAGCUAAACUGGUCCAA